AUGAGAGGCUUACAAUAUCACGGUGCAGAGGAUAUCAGAUACAAUGAAUCGAUACCAACACCUCAAAUAACCAAGCCUGACGACGUCGUUAUCAAGAUUGCCUAUUGUGGGAUUUGUGGAUCAGAUUUACACGAGUAUGAAGAACCAAUCUUCUUUGCCAAUGCUGCCAGUGAGAGUGGUGAUAAGAUUAGUGGUAAGAAAUUACCACUAGUGCCAGGCCAUGAGUUCAGUGGUGUGGUUCAUGAUGUUGGUGAAGCUGUCACUGAUUUGAAAGUUGGUGAUCAUGUCGUUGUGGAGACUACUGGUCAUUGUUCAGAUAGACAAACUUAUUUCAACGAGCCGGAGAAUAAGAGAAGAGAUGAACCAACUUGUACUAAUUGUGAUUUGGGGUUUACCAAUACUUGUACAGAUUUGAAUUUCUUGGGAUUAGGUGUUGAUAAUGGUGGAUUGGCUGAGUAUACCAAAUAUUCUCAACAACAUGUUUUGAAAAUCAGUAACAAGAUCCCGUUAGACGUUGCAGCAUUGAUUGAGCCAUUAUCAGUUGUUUGGCAUGCGGUGGAAUUGUCUGGUUUUAAACCAGGUGAAGAUGCUGUUGUUUUAGGUGCUGGACCUAUUGGAUUAGCUACAAUCUUGGUGUUGCAAGCAUUUGGAGCUUCAAAAAUCGUUGUUAGUGAACCUGCAUCUAUCAGAAGAGAACAAGGUGAAUUCUUUGGAGCUAUUGGUUAUGAUCCUUCAUUACAUGGGGGUGAAGCUACAAAUGAGUUGAAGAAAUUGGGUUCAAGAGGUUCAGGUUUUGCUAAAUCUUUUGAUUGUUCAGGUUUACCAGUGACUUAUUCCACUUCUAUCCAUGCAUUAAGAGCCCAUGGUGUUGCUUGUAAUGUUGCAAUUUGGCCACAUAAAUCAGUGGCUCAUUAUGUUAUGGAUUUAACAUUGGAGGAAAAAUCUAGUGUUGGUUCGUUAGGUUAUACUAGAAGGGAUUUUGAAGGUGUUAUCAAUGCUAUUCAAACUGGUACUAUCCCAAUGGAUAAAUUGAAACAAUUCAUUACUGGUAGAGUUGGUUUAAAGAGUGGUGUUGCUAAUGGAUUCUUGGAAUUGAUUGAACAUAAAGAUAAGCAUAUAAAGAUUUUGAUUAGUCCUGAUUUAUUUGAAAAAUAG